UCAAGCACUCCAGGCAUCAAUCAUUGCAAUGAAGAAUGAGUUCGGAAUUAUAGUCACUGAAGCAAAUGUGAAUAACCACUUGAGAACAAUUCGUAAAAGAUGGGCACGAAUUAAAAAAUUGAAAGAGUUAAGCGGAAUGGGUUGGGAUAACAGACUGAAGAUGAUAAUCAUGGGAGAAUCAGAGUUCAAGAACUAUAUAAAGAUUCAUCCCCAAGAUGAGCCCUACUUAAACAAACCAAUUGAGGAUCAUGACUUGCUUGAGAUUGUUUGUGGUAAUGAUCAAGCAACUGGACGGUGUGCUGUGCAAUUUGGAGAUGACAUUGGCACCCAUAUGGAUGAUAGCGUCGAGUACCGCCGUCCAUCUCAGAAUGAUAGUCUUGAUGACAUGUUUGAGGACACUAAUUAUCAUGUCAAUAUAUCACUGCCCACCCACAACCAAUCAGAGAAUACAGAAAAUAGGGGGGAAUCUUCCACUCAAUUAAAAAAAGGAAAAGGAAAACGGAAAAUACCCUCUGAAGUUGAAGCAAUACAAGAGAUGAAUAACACAAUAAAAGAGGCAUUGGUAACAAAGAAGUCUACUCGAAAUUUAGAAUUUGCAAAGGAAUUGAUUGGUGAGUGCAUGAAAUUGAAAGUAUAUGGCUACUCUGGCCGUCAAAUAAAUAAAGCCUAUGAUUGGUUAAUGGCCGAUGAUAGUAGAGCUAUGGCUUUCUUAGCAAAGGAUGAAGAGUUAAGGCAAUAUUGGGCGGAGGAAUUCUUUGAAUCAAUUCACAAUCAACAAGAAUAUUUUCGAAGUCCCAUUUAGGUUGGUUUUUGUGUAUGUGUGUUAUGAUAUUGUUAUAUAGCUACUAUGUUACAAUUUUUUUUUUAGCAGGGUGUUGAAGCAUAUGGACAUGAGUUUAGCAAUGAAAUCAACAAGAAUGCUAAUGGUUAUUUAUCGUAUUGAAGGAUGGCAAAUGUAACAAGAGAUUGUAAACUCUAAAAUUUGACUAUGUAAUGAUUGCCUCCUUAAUUUUGAAUGUGUUUUUCUUGUGUAUGUGCACUGAUUUGGG